GGCAUUGUUGGUAUUUCUUGUUGUUGCUGCCGCUGCUAAUGUCGCUGCCUUUGCUUUAAAGUUGAAACGUUUUAAAGUUUAUUUACUGUGUCGCAUUCGCGCUGCGAUCGUGCUAAGCUUAAUAUCGUGAAUUUUCGAGGGCUCCAAAAAAACCAGAAGAACAGAAAGCAGAAAACAAAAAAACUUUACCCACUGCGAUUGCAAACAACAAAAAACCAAAAGCCAAAAACAAAAACAAAAAUUUUACUCACGUUGCGCUUGCGUGCGUGUCUGUGUUUGUGUACGUGUGCGUGUGUAUUGCGCAUGUUUUGUAUGCGUUUAGCUUGCAUACUUUUGACAUUUAUUUUUUGUGGCCAAAUUUAAAUUUUUUGCUGUUCAUAAAGAGCUAGAACUAAACAAGUUUAUAUAAAGCAAUAAAGAGAAAAAAAAAACCAACUUAGCAGGCGUAUUUUACUUAUUCAUCUUUAUAUAUAAAGUAUUGAAUAAACUAAAUUGAAGCGAAGCUCAAGUAUAAACAAAACAAACAAAAAAAUAACAAUAAAUCAAACAUAGCUUUCGAAAGUUAACGGACAGUCAACAAGUAAUAAGUAAUAAACAUGAAUAAGUCAGGAAAUUCUAACAUCUCAGGAUCUGGCACCCUGGAUCGUAUUAUAAAGUCCUUAAAAUCCGCCACAAUGAUAUGUGAAGGCACACAUUUUGACGGACAAAUUCCACAUACUUUUGUCGUCUUUGGUGCCUCGGGCGAUCUGGCCAAGAAGAAGAUCUAUCCAACUUUAUGGUGGCUUUAUCGUGAUGAUCUAUUGCCCAAACCUACCAAAAUUUGUGGAUAUGCUCGUUCCCAGUUAACAAUUGAAAAUCUUCGAGCCAGUUGCGAUUCCUACAUGAAGGUGCAACCGAAUGAACAGGCAAAAUAUGAUGAAUUCUGGAGCCUUAAUAGCUAUGUGGCAGGCUCUUAUGACGGACGCACAGGUUACGAGCUAUUGAAUCAACAAUUGGAGCAGAUGGAGAAUAAAUUCAAAGCGAAUCGCAUCUUUUAUUUGGCACUACCUCCCAGUGUCUACGAUCUGGUCACACUCAACAUCAAGAACAUCUGCAUGUCACGCAACGGCUGGAAUCGCGUGAUUGUUGAGAAGCCCUUUGGACGGGACGAUGUUACCUCGAAGGCUUUGAGUGAUCAUUUGGCAAGUCUCUUUGAGGAGGAGCAACUGUACCGCAUCGAUCACUAUUUGGGCAAGGAGAUGGUACAGAAUCUGAUGACCAUACGCUUUGGCAAUAAAAUACUCAGUUCCACAUGGAAUCGAGAGAAUAUUGCCUCGGUUUUAAUCACAUUCAAGGAACCAUUUGGCACACAGGGACGCGGUGGUUAUUUCGAUGAAUUUGGCAUUAUACGCGAUGUAAUGCAGAAUCACUUAAUGCAGAUUUUAUCAUUGGUGGCCAUGGAGAAACCGGUUUCCUGUCAUCCCGAUGACAUAAGAGAUGAGAAGGUCAAGGUGUUGAAAAGUAUACCUGAAUUGGAAUUGAAUGACAUUGUUUUGGGACAAUAUGUGGGUAAUCCUCAGGGCAGUACCGAGGAUGCACGCACGGGAUAUUUGGAAGAUCCUACCGUUUCCAACACAUCCACAACUCCCACUUAUGCCAUGGCUGUCAUUAAAAUCAAUAAUGAACGCUGGCAAGGCGUUCCAUUUAUCCUGCGCUGUGGCAAGGCUUUAAAUGAGCGAAAAGCCGAGGUACGCAUUCAAUAUCAGGAUGUGCCGGGCGACAUUUUCGAGGGUAAUACAAAGCGUAAUGAGCUGGUAAUACGCGUACAGCCCGGCGAGGCUGUCUACUUUAAAAUGAUGACCAAAAGUCCCGGCAUAACCUUUGACAUCGAAGAAACCGAGCUGGAUUUAACCUAUGAGCAUCGCUAUAAGGAUUCAUAUCUGCCCGAUGCCUAUGAGCGUCUGAUACUCGAUGUUUUCUGUGGCUCCCAAAUGCAUUUCGUACGCUCCGAUGAAUUGCGGGAGGCGUGGCGCAUUUUUACGCCCAUUCUGCAUCGAAUCGAACGGGAAAAGACGAAACCAUUGCCAUAUGUCUAUGGAUCGAGGGGUCCGAAAGAUGCCGAUCGCAAGUGCGAGGAAGCUAAUUUCCUUUACUACGGAUCAUACAAAUGGCACGGCAGCAAAUCCAUCUCAUCCAAUCUAUAAACGGAAUUUUUGUUUUUUUUUUUUUUAUAUAUACAUAUUUUUUAAUAUUAUCGUUUAGAUCGGUUGACUUGUUUUGCGUUUUGGUUUUACAAUAGAUUUUUGUAAUUUAAUGCUAACUAAUAAAAUUAUAUUUGGCACAA